AUGGACAUAAAGCGAGACAUGAAGCCCAACGGUGCUCCAAAGAGGGUCGCUCCCCUGACCGUCCUUCUGCUGGCCGCAUCCUCCAUCUUUCUCUUGCGGAGCAUCGGCAUACCAUUAUUGGGUCAGCACUCAACGCCAACGUCGCAUCCGCUUUCGACCGUGGGAACCAUGUCGGUUGCCGCCGCCCUAUCGCUGAACAGCUCUGUCUCCGGAUGGCAUCCCCCGAAGUCGACAUGGAUCACAGACCUGGACGACGUUAUCAACGGGACUGGUGUGCACGGCUUCGUUUUCAACGGCUCGCAGCUCCCGGAUGGCGUGCCGUAUGGCACCUACAACUGGUGCAACAUGCCGCAUGUCCGGGCCUCCGAGUAUCCCAAGCUUGCAAGUGAUGAGUAUCAACUGGAGUAUGUGGAGGUGAUACACCGCCACCACAAGCGUACGCCCUACGCCUCUAAUACCUUCCCCGUCGAACCAUAUCCUUGGUCCUGCUCCGACUCCGGUCUCUUCUACUCGGGCGCCCCUCUCAACCCCCAAGGCAACGCCUCAGCCCGCACCUACUGGAGCGUCUACACCAGCCCCUCCAAUCCCUUCUCCGCAAGCGGCUUCAACGGCACCUGCCAGUUUCCCCAACUCACGCGAGGCGGACUCGACGACUCCUGGCAGCACGGGCGUGACCUCUGGGGCGUCUACCACGACUUGCUCUCCUUCCUACCAUCCGACGACCCCCUCUCCGCCAUGGAAUUCCGCGUCACCAACAACGUCAUCACCUCCCAAGUCGCCUCUAUGCUCAUCGCCGGUAUGCUCUCCCGCUCCUCCCCCCGCUCCUCACAAGACGACGACGACGACGACGACGCCGCCGCCGCCCCACCAGCCGCCUCCCUCCCAGACGCCGCCCCCAUCCCCCUCAAAGUCCAACCCUCCUCCAUCGACUCCCUCGAACCCACCUACCCCUGCCCCGCCGCCUCCGCCCUCCUCUCCCUCUACGGCCCCGGCAGCAACGCCUCCUCCUCCUCCUCCCUCUGGCACGCCCACCUCGCCGCGUCGCGCCCGCUCUUCGCCGCCCUCGACGCCCUCUCCGGCGUCGCGCCCGACACCAACAGCACCAACGCCGACGAGUGGCACCAGUCCUGGGACCACUACUUCGACAACCUCUCCGCGCGCCUCUGCCACGCGAAGCCCCUGCCGUGCAACGGCAGCAGCAGCAACGACAGCAGCCGCAGCAGCGCCAACGCCAACGACGACGACGACGACGACGACGACAGGGAGGAGGAGGAGAAGGAAGAAGAAGAAAAAGAAAAACAGCACUGCGUCACCGCCGCGCAAGCCGCAUCCGUCUUCCGCCUCGGGCAGCACGAGUACGCGACGGUCUGGCGCGCGGCGCCCGAAGGCCUUGCCGUGGCGGCCGCCGCGUACGGCGUCUGGGUGGCGGAGGUGGCGGCGAACAUUCGCGCUGCUGUUGCUGCUGCUACUAUCGGAAAGAGGGGGCCCGCGCCGGCGGGGGCGGUCAGGUACCGGCACAACGUCGCGCACGAUGGGAGCGUGGCGCGGCUGUUGGCGCUGCUGCAGGUGGAUGUGAUGGUUUGGCCGGGCAUGGGGGCCGAGGUCGUGUUUGAGGUUUACACCAAGAAGAGGGCGGAGAAGGAGAGGGAGGAGGAGACGGAGGCGGAGACGGAGACGGGGGAGGGGAAGGGGAAGGGGGAGGGGGACAAGAAGGCUUACGUUAGGGUGUUGUGGGGUGGCCGGGUGCUGCGGAGCUCGCAUCCGCAUCUGGGCGGUGCGUUGGACGGGAUGCUUGAUGCGGAUGUGUUGCUGGCGUAUUUGGAUGGGUUGGUGGGCGAGGGCGCGAGUAGGGUGCCUGGGUUGUGCGGGUCCGAGUGA